UUUCGCUUUUGGAAGAAAGUACCGAACCGACUCCGGCUGGCAGUCCGCGUCAAGAAACACUGACGCUGAUGGAGUCUGACCAUGGAUGAUGAGUCUAACCUUCAAGAUAAAGAUGUGAACGCUGUCUUGGCCCAGGAAUCUUCAAAGUUGUGUCACAUUUUGAGCAAUCAGUCACAAUCUGUCAUAAUGUUGCUUUAUCAAAGGAUGGUAAAUGACGAUGGAUGGCAAAACAAGCAAGCCUCCUCCAGCUCCAAUGCAGGGUCUUCAGCAGACCUUGUUAAAGCAUUGUUGGAUUACUACAGGUCAGCCAAUGCUGCAAAGUGUCGCAACUUUCUGCAGAGUGUUUGCAUGUUGUGUGAAGACAUACCCAUGCAUCUGGAGGCCAGGCUCAUGUCAGUGGCAUGCAGUGGUUGUGACGGAGCACUAUCUACAGAGGAGGAGCCCAUCAAACGCCCACGGAUUGAUUACUGGGAAGAGUAUGUUUUAGAAGGGAGGAAUUUACUGCUAAGUCGCUGGAAAAGACUGACAGACCGCCUGGUGAAGGCUGUGGAGCUGGACAGAGUGUGGGUCAACUUCAGAAAUGUAAACAGGGGCAGGGACCGACCUGAUCAGACCCCUGCUUCAGCAGACAGAGGGUUCAACUCUGCAGAGCCUGAUGGAGAUUAUGGGUUUUCGGAGUCCAAAGUGACUAUGGAAACCUUCUUACGAGGAUGUAAAGGAAAAGUGACAUUUCUUGUUGGCCAGGCUGGCUCAGGAAAAACUCUUUUAAUGUCUUGUUUAGGACAACAGUGGGCAAAUGGUCUGGGCCCAUUCCCAGCAUCCUACUUGUUAGUUUUUUUGGAAUUUCGUCAGCUGAACCAGCUGUCCCGCUCCCUGUCACUGUCUGAGCUGCUAUUUCAGCACUACCUCCCUUCAAAUCGAGGCAGCAAUGCAGAGAAAGCCAUUGUGGACUGCCUUCUUUCCAAUCCGGAGAAGAGCUGUUGGGUGUUGGAUGGCUACGAUGAAUUUCUUUGGAAAAUCAAAAAACACCGAAUGCCACGUGAUGUGUUAAACUUAGAGGAACCUCUGCCAGUUGCUGACCUGAUCUCAGGGUUGUUGACUCGGCAGCUUCUUCCAGGAAGCACCGUGGUGGUGACUUGUCGUGCACGGGACAUUGUAGAUUUCUACAACUUGUCAGACAAGGUUGGAGAGCUGCUUGAGUGGGAUCAAAAUGAAAUCAAGGAGUAUGUGCACCACUUCUUUGGGGUUGAAGACAGAGCCAUUGGAGUUGAGGCAACCAAACUUCUUCUCUCCAGUCAACAUCUCCUUGCAAUGUCAUCUCUCCCAGCCCUCUGUAACAUCUGCUGCAUCUGUCUGAAGCAUUUACUGCUCAAAGACAGAAAUGCCAGUUAUAGGUCAGCAGAAGAUGAACAAAGAGGAAAAUCUACAAAAAAAACACCGCAAACCAAAGAGAUGGAUACGCAGGUUGUUGAAAAAGACAAAGGGACAGAUAGAGAAGAAAAUGAAACUGAAAAUGCUCAACACAGUGGAGAAAGAGAAGGAAGUCAGGACCUGACAAUGAGGACGGCAAAUGGCGAGUUUAACUUUUCUGCAUCUUCAGCCCGAGUUCCCAGCACUCUCACCCAGGUCUACCUUACUGCUGUGGCAGCUUUUCUCAGCCGUCUCCCUGAUCAGGGAGGCGGAGAUAACAGGCCAAAGGCUGCUAGAUCUUCUUUGAGUAAUACUGACAGUAUGCUAUCCACCUUUGUUCAGUAUCCAUCUGAACUCUGGGAGCUGAGUCAAGUGGCUUGGAAAGGCGUAGAGGAAGGCAAGAUCCUCUUUAUGAAAGAAGAUGUUCCAGAGACUAUUUUACAGUUAUUAGUCAAGAGUGGCCUUUUUUCACAGGUUGAGCUCAGAUGUCACGAUGGAACACUAGUUAACGCUUACAGUUUCAUUCAUUUGACUGUGCAGGAGUUCUUGGCUGCUCUUAGAAUCAUGACAAGUCAUAAAGUUAGUGAUGCACAGCUGAAAAAGAGAUUCAGUCUGAAAACUCGCUGGACAACAAAGUCCGACCAGAAGACGCCAUUUACUGAUUCCCUGUACCUGUAUGUAUGUGGUCUGGCUUCCCCAAACUGCACUCAAGUCCUGGUUGAAGUAGCCAGGGCUUCAGGUGUGAAAGGAGUUCAAAACUGGGUCCAGAAACGACAAGACCUUGUCCUACGUUUGCUGAGACCCCUGUGUCACAGCAACACACUGACUGGACCAAAGUUAUUGCAGCUUUGCAACUGCAUCCAGGAGAGCCAGGACUACGAACUAGCACAGCAGGCUUUGAGGGCAAGGCCCACUCUGGAACUGCGCAACUUCCGGCUGGUGCCCAAUGAUAUUGAUGCUUUGGCUUUCGUAGUUAACUCAGCUGCUGAUCAGGCUGUUGGUUUGGAUUUUGGAGCAUGCUCAAUGGAGCCAGAGUGUUUAGAUGCACUGUCGAGGUGCCAGUGCAUUCAUUUCCUCAGUUUUCACAGCCGGAAGUAUAAUGACAAGUUUGCGGAGAAGUUGUCCUGUAUUUUGCCUGGAUUUCCAAACCUGAGAAAACUUGAGUUUUCUGGUGCCAGUCUGACAGCCGCUGGAGCAAAAAGUUUGGCCUCAGGUCUACAAAAGUGCUGCAACAUCACUGAGAUAAAUCUCAGUGACAACAAUCUGCAAGAUGAUGGAUUUGGGCAUGUGGUUGAGCUUUUUACCAAACUGCCAAAUCUCAGUUCUGUAAAGCUGGGCCGAAACAACAGCUCUCUGCAAGCGCUGAACUGCAUUGUUGAGAAAAUGGGUUCCUGUUUGAACAUCCUGCAGGUUUAUGCAGAUGGUGUGAAGGAAGUAGUGGUUACAUUUUCAAAAGAAUCUGAUGGCAACAGUCAGAAAACAAAGCCUGAGCCAACAAUCAGCUUGUUAAAUCAGAAAUGGAACAAGCUGGAGAUGCAAAACCUGGUGAAGUCACUGGUUAACUGUCCUGCUUUGUCAGUCCUAGAUCUUUCUGGAGGCUGCUGGGAUGAUGAAACUCUAAAAGCAUUUACAUACUUUGUUCCAAAGCUUAAGAUCUGUAGAAAGAUUGUCUUGGAUGACAGCUGCUCAUCAGUGGAGUCUUUGGUGAUGCUGGUUGCUCUGCUGUCUGACUGUCCUCUUGUUAUUGGGCUGAAUAUAAGAUUGCAGAACCCUGUCCAGGCAUCUCUGGUGUUUGCUGGAGGAACGGAAAACCCCUCAAGUGAAAUCUCUAAAACACUAUGUCUUAGCUGCUGUAAACUGGUUCCCGCUCACCUAGAAAGAGUUUGGCAAAGCCUCAGAACCACUUCAGGUCUCACUCAGCUCAACUUGUCCAGUAAUUGUUUGGGUGACAAAGGUCUGAAGAAGUUGUUGGAUAUUCUGCCUCAUUUAGACAAAAUCCAAGAAAUAAAUGCCAGUAACAAUGACCUCAGCAUGGAAGGAGCAGUGAUGUUGGCAGGGGCUCUAUGCUCCCAUAACCACUUGACACAAGUUCAGAUCAGUCAUGAAGGCAAAGGUCAGGUGAUUUUACAAUUCAACCCUGAAAAAAGUGAAAUCAAACAGCAAACAAAGACAUUCAGAAUACUGAACAGCAGCCUUUCAACUUCGGUUAUAGCUAAAGUUUGCAGUAUGCUGGUCAACUGCGUCUUUCACUUGGACUUAGAGUUCUCCUUCUGUUCAUUUGCUGAAAAAGCUCUUAAAAUGAUGCUAAGAAUGUUGCCUCGGAUGUCAUCUCUACAAAAACUCGGUGUUGAAUGCAGCAUCACUUCUACAAAAGAUGCUCUCACUCUGGUCAGCUGCUUGAAAGACAAUAAUCGAGUUACUUCAGUGGAUCUCAGUCCACAGGGUGAGUCCUUCAUCAAGUUUGGCUGCAUGAAAACAGAACACGUCAUCUUCAGGUUAAGUCACUUCUUCUUCAGGGAGGAGAACAUUCAGAUGCUGCUUCAGAUCCUGCAGCAGGGAGUGCAGCUGUCUUACCUUGACUUGUCAGGCAACCAGUUAGGAGAUGCUGGAGUGAAGAGCUUGGUGGAUUUUCUACCAAACCUUCAAAUAAGCUGCUUUGUCAAUGUCAGCAACAAUGGACUGAGCCAGCAGGGGCUUCUUGAUGUGGUUUCAACUCUCCACAGCUCUUCUGAUGCCUCUGCUGUGGAAGUCAGUUUGAGCGAAGACGAGAGGUGUCUCAUUCGGUUUGAAGAGGGAAAUCAUGAAAAAUCUUUAAGUGUCAGAAACUGCAGUCUGCAGCGGGAUCAUCUAAUCAGAUUGGCAGAAAUUGUGUCCAACUGUCCAAGUUUGAGCAAAAUAGAAUUUGAGAACAAUCUUCUGCAGUCAGAGUGGAUUGAAGGUUUUUUUAACAUGUUCCAACCCCGUCAAACAGCAUGCAGUGUCAGUUUUGAAGAAAGUUGGUUUAAAGCUGAACAAGCUGUUGAUCUACUGCGUCACUGCCUGGAGAUCAAGACCAACAUUCAAACAAUCAGAAUUCAUCAUAAAACUCUUCAUCUGACCAUGAAGGAAACCUUUGCUCUGACUUCUGCAAGCCUUGUUGACAGAGCAGCAGCUGUGGAACAGAAAGCAUCGAUGUGCAGCACCACCCAACGCUUCCCUUCACUGAAGGAGCUGGACUUCUCCCUCGAUAUACUGGACAUUGAAGAACAUCAGUUUCUGUGUUCCCUCCUGCCUUUGUUGCCAAAUCUCACCAGUCUCAGUGUUGCGAUGAAAGUGGGAUCUGUGUCUGUGGUUGAGGAGCUCUCACAGGUCAUCUCGCAGUCUUCCUCCAUUCAGUGCUUAAAUCUGUCAGGUCAUGUCAUUAAUGACACAGCCGCUCACAGCAUGGCAGCGUUCUUACCUCGCCUUCGAUCGAUCAGUCUGUCCCACUGUGUGUGGUCUCCAGCUGCAGAGCUGCAGGUCAUCGAAGCCCUGCAACAGAGCAUCACUUUGCAGAGCCUGUGUCUGGACUGUGUGCAGUUGAGCGAUGGGGGUUGGACAGCUUUAGCUCAGGUCCUAAAGAACAGCAACUCUAUGCGGUGCCUCAGGCUAGAUGAGAUUGGAAAAGCAGCUGGACAAACCGAGGCGGACAGGAUGCUGGAUCUCCUGACUGUCAUGGAAGGAAACAAACAAAUAGAGGAGAUUGGGUUGGACGGCUGGAGGAUGUCUGAAGGGGGGAUUCAGCAGCUGACCCAUUUCCUGCCUGACUGGAAAGAGCUCAAAAUAAUCUGUCUCUCCAAGAACUUCAUGGGUGACACGGCAGGGGAGAGGCUGCUGGAUGCUUUGAAGAGCUGCAUCCACAUGAGAGAGCUCCAUUUGUCCAGUAAUGACCUUGGCGACCUCACUGCUGCCAGGAUGUCUCUGGUUCUGCCGUCACUCACACACCUCACUGUGUUAGAUAUUUCAGAAAACCAUCUUGGACGUGACGGCGCCGCCGCUCUGUCCACAGCAAUACGGAGCUUAAAGAAGCUCACCCAGAUAAAUCUUACUUCUGUCGGGACCUCAGAGCUGAGCCUUGUUGCUGCCAGUCUGGCUGAAUGCCCCCUCAUUCAGGACGUGGGACUUGGAUGGAACAGAUGUGGAGAUGAUGUGGCUCUGCAGCUCUCUGGACUCCUGCCAUUCUGUCCCAAGUUAGUUCGGAUAGAUUUGGAGUGCAACCUCAUAGGUGUUUCUGGAGUGGAGACUUUAGUUAAAGCAUCUUGGACCUGUCCUUCUCUGCAAGUCAUCAGGCUGUGGAAGAACAGAGUCCCACUGAAUGAGCAGCAGAGAUUAAUGCUGAAGGACAGGAGGCUGACAUUCUCAUCCACGUGACCUGUCCUGUUCUGCUGUGUGACGGGGAAAGGCUUUUGUUUUUUCUGAUUGUUUUAAAGAUGCCAACACAUACACUGUUAGGUACUGUAAUUGCACUGGAUUGAGUUUACAAAUGUAGAGACACAAAAGUGAAAAAUGCACCUCAGAACUCACACUGAUCAUAUCAUCAUUUUAGGUUGUGGUCUCUACCUAUGCUCUAUAUUUAUUUCUGCUGUUUUAAAUGGACAAAAAGUUUUUAUCUAUAGUUUUAAAGUUGUUUUGUUUUGUUAUUUGGUACAGAUUUUUCUAGGUGGAGUGUGUAAUUUCUGAAAGUGACACUGGAUUUUAUUAGAAUUUAAAUGUAAUGACUGUUUCUGCUUUCAGGUUCAAAAACAUGUGCACCUUGUUUUGAUGUGUUUUUAUUUAUUUAUUUUAUUUUUUAAAGCAGUAAGUUUUAUGGUUAGGUUUGUUGUGAUCUGAUGAAAGUUAUAGAAUCAUAACCUAGAAAGUUAUUUGUCUUCUUUAAACUUCCAAACGCCUAAUUUCACUACUGAGGCUAUCUCACUCUUUCACCCAUAAAUACAGUCCUAAAAAUAAUUUUUAAACACUCUUUUUUUCUCUGUUGCCAAGAAUUGUGUUUAAAGGUUCUAAAAUGAAAAGUAUGGAAACAUGUGAACAUUCUAUUCUUUUUAAAUAAACAUAUUUUAUUUUUUCUCAUCUUUUAUCAGUUGUAAAUCCUUUAUUAACUAUUUUAUAUUCAGAAAAGCUACUGUAGUUAUUGAGUUAAGUUUUCAUGAAGUUAUUCAUGGGACUUGACUAAAAGGACAGAAGCUGGCUGCUGACACGACAGCUGUGAUGGCCUUGAAUUCCUUCCAUAUAAACCUUUGGCGCCAUCCUGUGGUCAGUAGUGGUAAUAAAGAAAAUCCCUUGAUUCACCUCUGCUGUUAGCUUUUUAUUUGAUAGGAUGUACUAUGCUUUACUGUGGACAUCUAUGUGAUAUCUUAAUUAAACUGUUUUAUUUAGUUUUAGGAUAGGUUCAAAUAAAUAGUAGCAUAAAAGAAAGACAGUUUACCAACCUGUCAUCUGACUAUAAUUUUCAUGCAACAUUUUUAAAGAUAGUAUUAUUUAAAAAUGCUUAUUUAUAUGAAAAACAUUUCUGCUCUGAUUAUUUGGAAGACUCAGUGAUGGCGUGGAGGUUUUAGUGAAGUUGUAUUUUUUAAGAUUCAAAAUCAUGCAUCUACACUUGAUUUGUAAUUUGCAUCUUAAAGAGAAACAUGACUGUUUUUGUUUUUCUUCUGGUAGCUCCAGUGUGUCUUGCAUUUUCUCCCGGGACAGCUGGGAAAAGCUCUGUUUUCUGAUGCCUUUCCAUAUAUAAGAUAAGGAAACAAGAGUAAAUUAAAACUACAUCUUUUUUUUCCUACA